AUGGGUUCUCGGCAUUUGGCUCUACCGGUGGCGCUAUUCACGGCACUAGUGCAUGGAUAUGCAGACCCUGGUGCAUGCUCAGGACAGUGUGUUGUGUCAGACCCGACACUGAUCCAGAGAUCCUCGGACAGCAAGUAUUUCCGAUUCUCUACUGGAAAUGAGAUUUCGUAUGCUAGUUCGUCUAGCAUUGCGGGACCAUGGACUGUUAUUGGGUCUAUGCUACCGGAUGGAUCAUCUAUUGAUCUGGAUGGAAACACUGAUCUUUGGGCCCCAGAUGUUCACAUCGUCGACGACCUUUACUACGUCUACUACGCCGUCUCGACGUUUGGUUCGCAAAACUCGGCUAUCGGCCUAGCAACAUCAGAGACAAUGGAGCUUGAUUCCUGGACCGAUCACGGAUCUGUUGGCGUUGCUUCUUCCUCUUCGAAGUCGUACAAUGCCAUUGAUCCUAACCUGAUCGAUGCUGACGGCACCUACUACCUGAACUUCGGCUCCUUCUGGGACGAUAUCUACCAAGUUCCGAUGAAUUCUGCAGCAAAGAAGACAUCCUCGUCCUCGUACAACAUUGCCUACACCUCCUCUGGCACUCAUGCUGAGGAGGGUGCAUACAUGUACAAGUACGGUAGUUACUACUACCUGUUCUACUCUGCCGGUAUCUGCUGCGGCUAUGAUACAUCGCUGCCCGCGAGUGGCUCAGAGUACAAGAUUAAAGUUUGUCGUUCGACUUCGCCGACUAGCGGAUUUGUUGACAAGACUGGUACGGCUUGCACUAGCGGUGGUGGUACUGUCGUGUUGGAGAGCCACGGUACUACUUACGGACCAGGUGGACAGGGUGUUUAUGAUGAUCCCACUUACGGACCCGUGCUUUACUACCACUACAUCAACACCGAUAUUGGAUAUGCCGAUAGUGACAAGCAGUUCGGAUGGAAUGCCAUUGACUUCUCCAGCGGAUGGCCUGUGGUGUAA